UCUCUUUUGCUCUCUCCCUUUUCCUGACACAGCCGGGGAUGUCCUACUGACCUGUUGAAUCAGCGCUGUGCUGACUUCUCCUUUCCGGUCAAAGGGGAAUUCAUGCACUUCACGAUUCAAUGGGAGGAAAAAAAAAAAACAGUGCAGACUCAUUGCAGGAUUGAGAAGACGUCAAACCGUUCAAAGUUCUGCGCCUGGAAGUCAAUGUUAUGCAUAAAACUGGGUCAGCCUGUCAUGACUAAGCUGUACCCGGGAACACACUCAAGGUGAAGUGAGUGAAUGCUUUUCUCAAGCCGUCCAUUUAACAGGAAUCCCCAACAAAAUGUGAUUGCACCCAACAAACAACCUGAAGGAAUGUUACUGUAUAUUUGAGAAGACCUCCAUUGUCGAGGCUAAGAUGUUGAAGAUGGAGGCCUCGGCAGAGAGGAAUACCCUGAGGAGUGCUUCCCCGCACCGGAAUGCCUACAGGACGGAGUUCCAGGCUCUAAAGAAGGCGUUUGACCAACCGAGACAAGAUGGAGACCCCAAACCCAAGGACCAGGAGGGGGUCAGGCAGCCUCGAGGGCGGCAAUAUGGGGCCCAUGUUAGUCGCAUCAAGAACAUGUUCAUGCAAAUGGGGACUGAGAACACUGGGUCCAACAGACGAUCAAGGGAAGAGACCUCCCCACAGAAACUCAACAAGCCAACAAACUUCAUCAACAGGGCAGAUGGGUCAGAGGUCAAUUUCCAGCAAGGGACUGGAGAGCGGACUGCCGGUGGCCCACAUAACACAAAAUUCUCUGAAACAAGGAAACUCUUUGAGCAGAGCUCCAGAGAUGCUUCACAGUCACCCGUGUACUCUUACGGCCGGGACAAGAGGGGUUCUCAUGAGCAUUUGGAUGACUGGCGGGGGGCGCGUUCAAACCGAGGCAGUACGGACUCUUUGGAUAGUCUUUGCUCCAGGACAGAGGCCUCAUCUCCCACUGUGAGUCAGCUCAGUGCUGUGUUCGAAAAUAUAGACCAACAGGGCUCCGGUGGUACUUUCAGAAGAGGCCAAGGAGGCGGAAGAGGGCUGUACUCCCCAGAUGGCUUACAAAAACAUGGGGAGGCCAGCGAGGAUGAUACCAGUGCGCGACAGUCUCCGUCACGUGGCUUUUACAGGACACGAGUGGGUAGCAAGCACAAUCUGCCGGUUUCUUCAUCUUCAGAAGAUCUUCUCAGUCCUAGUCCUCUGUCGGAGGCUGUGGACCAGGUGAAACCCGAUGAGAAGAAGCCCCAGGAAACCCCUGACUUGGUUGAUGGAUCCAGUGAGCCCAAACCAAAAGAUGAGGUACACUCAACCAAGGCCAUAGACAGUUCUUCAGCAGAGACUCACGUCAAUGACGCUGCAGGAAAUUCACAUGAGUCUACAGCUACCAAGGUCCACGAGGACACAGACGGUCAUGUGAAAGAGGAGUCUAGCCGGAUUACAGAGGAUCAAAUUGGAGAACCCAGUGAGGAAUACUGUGGCAAUGAGAGAGUUAUUUUCAAUGCCGAUGGAGAUGCUUGCUACCAGGGCUGGGGGGAGAGCUGCACUGACCCAGAGGAUGACCUAUAUGAUGAUGAGCUUUCCUAUGACCCAGGAUCAGAGAUUACGGAGAUUCCCGGUCUUCCAGAGGAGGAAAAGGAGGAUAUUCCACAAAAAAGGAAAAUUCAGUUCAGCUCUGCUCCCAUAAAAGUGUUCAAAACCUACUGCAAUGAAGAUUACGACCGGAGGAAUGAAGAGGUGGACCCAGUGGCAUCCUCAGCUGAGUAUGAGCUGGAGAAACGGGUGGAGAAGCUGGAACUUCUCCCUGUGGAACUGGAAAAAGAUGAGGACGGCCUGGGCAUCAGUAUUAUAGGAAUGGGGGUCGGUGCUGAUGCAGGCCUGGAGAAGCUGGGCAUAUUCGUCAAGACUGUCAUAGAGGGAGGAGCAGCAGAGAGAGAUGGAAGAAUUAAAGUGAAUGAUCAAAUCGUGGAGGUUGAUGGCACCAGUCUGGUGGGAGUAACUCAGAGCUUCGCUGCUUCUGUCCUGAGAAACACACAGGGAGUGGUUAGGUUUGUGAUUGGCCGAGAGCGUCCAGGACAGCAGAGCGAGGUGGCACAACUCAUCAGUCAGACUCUGGAGCAGGAGAGACGUCAGAGAGAGGUGAUGGAGCAACAGUACGUCCAGUAUGAUGCUGAUGAUGACGAGACUGGGGAGUAUGCCACGGAUGAGGAGGAGGAGGCGGGUCAGACAGGAACAGACAGAGAUGUGGCCAUUGAGGUUUUCGAUUUACCUGAAAACGAGGACAUCAUCUCGCCAUCAGAACUGGAUGCCACCAAACUUUAUCAGAAGUUUCGUGAGCUGCAGAUUAAACACACUGUCACUGAAGCUGAGAUCCAGAAACUCAAGAACAAGCUGGCUGCAGUGGAAAAAGAGAAGGCAAGGUGGGAGAGAGAGAAGACGCAGCUCAAGCAAAGCAUUGAGGACAAUAAGGAGAGGAUGCUAAAACUGGAGAGCUAUUGGAUCGAGGCUCAGACUCUGUGCCAUACGGUCAACGAGCAUCUGAAGGAGGCCCAGAGUCAGUAUCAGACCCUGGAAAAGAAGUACAACAAGGCCAAGAAGCUUAUUAAGGACUUCCAGCAGAGAGAGAUGGAGUUUGCUCAGAGGGAGGAUGCAGAGAAGAAGAGGCUGGAGGAAGCGGAAAAAGCUCAUUUGGCUGAAAUCCAGAGUCUUCAAGUUAGGAUUGCUACACUGGAGUCAGAGCUGAUGCAGCUGAUGAAGCAAAAUGGCAUCCAGAUAAACAAUAACAACAACAGUGCUGAGAGCCGAGCCCAGCUGACUGAGAGGCUGACAGCCUUGCAGUGUCCAAGGAGAAGUGUUGCUGGAGGAGAACUGGAUGAGCUGACAGGAACCAGUGGAACUCACCCUGAGAGAAAUGAGAGGGGCUCUGGGCCUCAGUCCUCCAGGAUGGCUGGUGUCACAGAGGCCAGGCUCAGGCACCCGCAGCCUCAGGGACCUGAUAAUGAAGGCUCUUCAGCAAGUCAUGAUGAUAAAUCUGGCAAAAAACUUCUAGACUUGGGAUCUUCUCUGAGGAAAGGGAAAGGGAAAGAGCAGGAUCCAAAAGGAUCUCCUGGUAAAAGCUCCACAGGACCUUCAGCAGAGAACAGUCCUGAAAUAUGCAAGAGCAAGAAAUCUUUUUCCUGGCCACGCUUCUUCUCCUAUUCAUAUUCUGUGGGUCCUGCUGUCACUGAUGACCUCAGCCUCAGCAGCACCAGCUCCACAGAGAUCAGUGGCCUGCUGACCGAUGCUAAGAUGUCCAGCCGGUCGCAUACACUAAUGCUCUCCUCAGAUGAGAGUGUGGAUAUGAUUGAAGAUGAGAUUCUAGAUGACGGUCCUCCUCCGAAGCCGUACCAGUGGCAGAACCGCAGCGUGACUGAAUGGACAUGUCAACAGGUGUCCUGCUGGCUCAUGGGUCUGAACCUGGAACAGUAUGUCUCUCUUUUUACUGCCAAGAAUGUGGAUGGAGAGCAGCUACUCAAGCUGGACAGCGCAUCACUCAAGGCUCUGGGUGUAGAGUCCUCUCAGGAUCGGGCUCUGAUUAAGAAAAAGCUGAAGGAUCUGAAGGUGUUGAUGGAAAAAGCUCGAAGAAACAGAGAGAAAAUGGAGAAACAGCGCAACAAGGAACUGGAGCAGGUUCAGAAACAGGUCCGGAAAAAUAGCAACUCCUCCGGACCAGGAGAGGGCGCUACUGAAUGACACCACUCACCUCACUACUAUAUCACCAUUAUGAGUACAGAUGAGUUCAGCAUUUCACAGAACUGAAAGUUCAUUUCAAAAGGGGCUUAUUGCUAUUGAGCUGCCAUUGGAUGAAUUGAAACCAAAAUUUCCAAAUAUGGAUUUUGUUAUUUUUACUGAACAAUAUUCAGGUUUCUUUGCUCGUUUUAGCAGAAUGAUCACUGCUUUUUUGGUUUUCUGUGUUUUAUGUCUGAUUAAUAUCUAUUUAUUUGCAUAUUGAGAAUAUGUAUAUAUUGAACCAGAGCAUAUCAGCUCAUAACUCAUCUAUGACAGUUAACAACUCUGCAUUACAAGCAACUUUAGACGUUGAGACAUUGUACAUAUUCAGAAAGCAUAUAUAUGAAUAUGUCUAACGUGCCAUAAUUUGGAACGUGGAAAGUUUUUAAUACGACGGCUUUGACAAAGCACAGGUCAGAGAGAUGGACAGUGUUGCUUUCGAGUGUCUCUUCACCUCAAAGAGUUUGAGUGCUGCUCACAAGAACCACUACAGUCGGAUUCACUGGCAAACACAAACCUUACUGUGAGAAGAAAGCCAUUCCAGGUAAUGAGAUAUCACGGACCCUCAUUGUGGAUAUUUCACUGUAUACUUUGAACCUCCUGUUUGGAUCUCCUUCAUCGACCUGCCAGUAUUCAAGAUGAAUACAACUGAUGUGUAUGUUCUUCUCCGAGCUUGAAUCCUCCUAAUGAUCUUUGGAAGAAAAAUGGUAGCAAUGGGAUACUAUACAAUUUCAGGAGUCUGCCAUUUUAAACUCUUCUCUAAAGAUGCAGGACCUGUACUCUAAAAGAAAAAAAGCAAGAAAAAAAGACCCACUGCUGCUUCUAUUUCACAGCUACCUGCUUCUAGCCCUCUCCAUCGCCCUGAGCUAGAUUCUCAGUUAGACCCAAGUGCUGCCUUUUGAAGUGCUGUUUAGAUUUUUAUUUUAUUUCUACGGUUUGAGGUUACAAUCUGGAUCACACCGAUUGUGUAAAUGCACCUCGGCAUCCAAAUGUUGUAAAGCAGAUGACGAAUGUGCACUUAAAACAGACCUAUCUAUGUACAGUACACUACCAGUCAAAAGUUUGGGGUCAGUAGGCCCUUUUGUUAAAAUGAAUGUGUUUCAGCAAGGAUCCAUUAAAUUGAUCAAUAGCAUUUCUAUUUCAAAUACAUGCUGUUCUUUGGAACU